UGGGUGAGACGCGGACGGCACGCAGAGAGACGCCGGGUCAACGCGCCAGGUAACAACGCCUCAGGACACCCGCUGACGUCCUCGUCGAGGUCCUUGUCGUUGUCCUCGUCGACAACGUGAACGGCGACGCGUCGUGGUACCCAAGAACGCGGACGAGCCGUCUCGUUCCAUGGAUAACAUGAAGUCCUUCCACGCCGCCUCCUGGAGCUUCGCCCUCCUCGCGGCCACGGUCGCGUUGCUGCCCGCCACGCAUCGUGCCCCGUUCGCCCAAGCCGCAACCGGCGGAGGCAGUAUGCUGGGUGACGUCAACAUCUCCGCGAUAUUGGACUCGUUCUCCGUCAGUUACGAUAAAAGAGUAAGGCCGAACUACGGAGGUCCUCCUGUCGAGGUGGGCGUCACCAUGUACGUCUUGAGUAUCAGCUCGCUAUCCGAAGUGAAAAUGGACUUCACGCUGGAUUUUUACUUCCGGCAAUUCUGGACGGACCCGAGACUCGCGUUCAAGAAACGAACGGGUGUCGAGACGCUCAGCGUCGGCUCGGAGUUCAUCAAGAAUAUCUGGGUGCCUGACACAUUCUUCGUCAACGAGAAGCAAUCGUACUUUCACAUCGCUACCACCAGCAACGAGUUCAUUCGUAUUCAUCACUCGGGAAGCAUCACGCGUAGUAUACGUUUAACGAUCACAGCAUCGUGUCCAAUGAAUCUGCAAUACUUUCCGAUGGACCGACAGCUCUGCAAUAUCGAGAUCGAGAGCUUUGGAUACACAAUGCGCGAUAUUCGGUACAAAUGGAACGCCGGCCUACAGUCGGUCGGCAUCUCGAACGAGGUGGAACUACCGCAGUUUCGCGUGCUCGGUCACAGGCAACGACAUUCAACCAUACACCUAUCUACAGUCGGAUACACGAUGAGGGACAUCCGGUACAAGUGGAACGAGGGCCCGGACAGCGUCGGUGUCAGCCACGAGGUCUCGCUCCCUCAGUUCAAGGUCCUUGGUCACCGUCAACGAGCCAUGGAGAUUAGUCUUACUACCGGCAAUUAUUCGCGGCUGGCCUGCGAGAUCCAGUUCGUACGGUCGAUGGGCUACUACCUGAUUCAAAUCUACAUUCCCUCGGGCUUGAUCGUCAUAAUCUCAUGGGUGAGCUUUUGGCUGAACCGAAACGCGACCCCCGCUCGGGUGGCCCUCGGAGUAACCACUGUGCUCACCAUGACCACUCUAAUGUCCUCGACGAACGCGGCGUUACCAAAAAUCUCCUACGUGAAGUCCAUCGACGUCUAUCUGGGAACCUGUUUCGUCAUGGUGUUCGCCUCGUUGCUCGAAUACGCCACGGUGGGUUACAUGGCAAAGAGGAUUCAAAUGAGGAAGAACCGCUUCCAAAAAAUAGCAGAAAGUAUGAAGGCGGCGAGAGAGAAUCCAGGACCGCCUGGAGUGCCCGGCGAUCACGGAGACCACGCGCCUAAGCAAACUUGGUCCCGUGUUGUCCAGGAGGUGCGGUUCAAGGUACACGACCCGAAGGCACACAGCAAAGGUGGAACACUCGAAAACACCAUAAACGGGCGAGCUGACGAGGAAGCAGCGCCCGCGCCACAACACCUCAUUCAUCCUGGCAAGGAUAUCAGCAAACUUUACGGUAUUACGCCGUCGGAUAUCGACAAAUACUCCCGCAUCGUGUUCCCGGUAUGUUUCGUCUGUUUCAACCUAAUGUAUUGGAUCAUAUACCUGCACAUCAGCGACGUCGUGGCGGACGAUUUGGUGGUUCUCGAGGAAGGGAAAUAAACGAAUGAACGCGACGCUCGCGUGCGCACACGGCAAAAAAGGACGUGCGGUGAAAGACAGAAACGAAAGUAUAAAAACUGAGGGUGGGACAGACGGGUGAAACCUGUUUCGCAAGAGGAGCUAUCGAAACGAAAAUGAAACAAAAAAAAGAAAAAACCAAGGGAAAAACCAAAAUAACGCUGUGAUUACUUCGAGACGGGGGCAAGUAGAAGGAACUGUAUAAAUUAAAUUGACCUGGCCGCUGGGGAUCGACGAUUAAUGAAAAUGGAAAUAUAAGAAUACGAAAAAGAGACGUGAAGGGAGACUGGGAGAGCCAAAUGGAAGUUAAUAGCUCUCCGCUGAUUUAAACGAGAAUAUAAUUUCAAUUCGAGUUAAUACAAAGAAAUAAAAGAAAAAAACGGAAUAGUGUCAAAUCAAAAAAAAAAAAUAAAUAAAACGUCGUCGUGGACUCGAACGAACCGCGUCGUGCUUCGAGCAAGAGAUAGAGACAGUCGCCAGCCAGACCAGUCGGCCGACUAAAACGCGCUGUGACUACUUCGUGACAUUCCGCAAAUCCCAUCGAUCAUAGUCUCCCUUUGCCAAGUGAUCUUCGAUUUCCGUGACCCAUCUUGCUAAACUGUCCCCCGUAAGAAGGGUUCAAUUCACGCGAGGACGAAUGUGGCGGGAACACGGUAAACACGCCCCACGGAAAAAAAAAUAACAAAACUAUAAGAAUCCUAAACUAAACGGCGUAUCCACGAGCGUGCAUACUUUAAACAUUGCCAGUCUAGGGUGUCGAUACUCCGCAGUCAUCCUGGAGAAAUUCUUGUUGGGGGACGGAACAUUAAGGACCUCAACGCCCCCAAACGGCAGACAUCGCAGCUCCGUAGCUAAACGCCAACUACCGUGCAACUACUGCUACUAAUCAGUUUGCACCCAACAAGAGUACCUCUUAAAAAACCGCCUGACCGAAUUGAAUCGCUAUACUUUGUUUCAUUGAGUAUGGGAAACGUUAGUCCCGCGCGACCGUCGAACAAGCGGGCGAAACAGUUUCGACGCGAGUCGCAUCAUUUCGAGGUAGAGCUGUUUCACGAACGUCUUUUUUAUUGCCACGAACUUAUGUGUGUCCGUUUCAUUUUAUACCACUUUUUUACCAUUUAUAGAACUCGUCGGACGAAGCGACCUUUUUGUAUUUCCGUCACUUCUAUGACCGCGAUCCUCCCUCGGAAUCGUGUAACUUCCGUGGAAUCAGUCGCGACGCGCGACCACCCUGUACGUGUUCGUGUACGUGGGCUCAAUUUGGGGGUUCUUAGCUCGUAACUACGUAGUCGCGACAUGUUUACGUAGAGAUACUCCCGGGACGUACGAUUCAAUCGGGCGCGAGUUAAUUCCGAUCGAGUUGCAAACACCGAGGCGAAUGGCGAGCCAAGGAGAGAGACACGACUUCGGCGAAAACGAAAUCAAACGGCUUUCCUCUGUUGACACGGCAUGCGUGGAGGCGAUCUCGCGAGGGUCAUGGAAUAUUGUCUUUCACGUUUACGUCGAGCACAGAGUGUUUCGAGGAUGGCUUGGGCGAGCGAGUCCUGAACAGAAGAUCUCAAACUGUGAGUCUUAAAAGUAAAAUCUCCACUUGUUGAAAAAGCUGGCGGUUUUGAGUCAGAAUUUUUUCCAGUACUAAUUUAGGAUGUACCGAGUGUUUCUAGUUUUUAAUAGCUGAAACAUCUAACUAAAAAUUCGGAAAUUUGAAGUGACGAAAAUUUUUGAUUUUGAAUUUGUUCCUCGAGACCUAAUCCAGACCUGACCUAUGUAAUUCCAUCUUACCGAUUAAAAUAUGCUACAUUCGGAAUAUUUCCGACAGUAUGACAUUAAUGCUACAUGUAUCGAACUCCAAAUGAUUUCCUGAGAUGUAUAGCAGAAUAGAGACAAAUAUACACACGUAUACAUGUAGACUCCUUUGAAGAAUUCAGUUCCAUGUACAGAAGUCGUUAUACCAAGUUUAGUCAUAGAGUCAAAAACCAUAAUUUCUUUAGAAGUAAUGGAAUAACACAUUCACGUAAUCGCAAUUGUAAAAGUAUGGUGCAAUCUAUUGACGUCACUAAACGCAUUUAUCUCGUGCACGAGUCUAUACAUGCACACAUCCAUAGAUACACAAUUUUAUACACAUCCAUAGAUACCAAAUUUCAUCAUGGUCUAACAACUCACUUCCGUGUUACAAAGGUAAUUCGAAGUCAGAACAUCGCAAAACAUCAAGAAAUACAAAAAAAAAGUCAACAGAUAUGAAAUCUAAAUGAAUUACAAUAGUUUCUCUCUGUUCACGUUUAAACAAUUAGUUUUAUCCGUCUUUCAACCCUGAAAGCCGUUUUCCCAGCUUCCGUAUACAAAAACUCGUACCGUCAAUGUCGACGAUCUGCAGUUUAUCAAAGUAACAAACAUGAAACUCCGCGAGAAAUCGUAAAUGUGGUUAAUGGCACAAAAGUAAAACGAGUCAUCGAGAUCCUCGACUCGGGACUCGCUGGCUGUUUGAAGCCAGCCCUGAAUCGCUUAGUAGCAACACGCAAACGCUCGUGUGCCAUAGUCCUAAAUGUCCUCGUCGGAAGCGGCGGAAAGGGUACAGGCGGGAAGAGCGAGAACGAGACGAAACGCUCGAAAUGAAAACCGCAACCUCUCGAAUCCUGGAGUGUUCCGAUCCAAUCGUUCCCGCGCAACUGUGCCGUUCUUCGAAUCGCUCGGCACGAGAAGACGUAACCAGGUGGCCCUGUUUCCGUUGAUACGAAGUCCCCUCGAGAAAGGAACAGCCCUAAAUCGCUGCGACGCGACGGUCGCGUUUAUUCUCGCGCGUGAAUUAAUUUCACGUAGACCGUCGGUCGCGGUCCUUCUCGUUAGAGUGGCCCUUCGUCUCCCUCGGGUGGGUGUUCCGUCGGUACGUUUUUGCCGGGUUAAUUAACGCCAAUUGUAUGCCGUUCUACUUCCGUCUUUUGGAUAACUCCCAUGCACCCUGCUCGCGUUUUUCCGCCUACGUUUGUGACUAUAGGGGUAUUUUUCACGUACGCGGAGAGUCAGCCCCGCGACGCACACCGACGAGAAUCUUCCCGAUUUCUCGUCCCGCGAACACACGUGCACACUUACGUCUCUCGUUCUACCCCUUUCUUCGCUCCGCCAAAACCUCACCCCCGACGCUCCCGUCUUCUGUCUUUCUCACAUAGCAUCUCAUCUCCCUUUCUCCCUUAGCCUUCUGUCGUCUCCAGCGCCGGUUGCUGGCUGCAGACUGGGUCGUGGAAGCUUGCCAUUCAGGAUAUCGACCAGCCGACACGCCCAACCCUGUCCUCCCCUCGUCUCUGUCCUCGUGCCACCCCUGGCACUGUUUCGCUCCUUCUCGGUCUCGUCACGGUCUGUUUCCGUCUGUUUCCGUCUCUUCCAGCACUCUCCGCCGGCUCUCUUCUCUGCAAUCGCCAAACAGUCCGUUUGCCAGACACUCUUGCUCAUUGUGCAUUUAAUAAGGAGCUUCUUGCCCCGGUACUCCGCGAGAAUUCUUUAUAAAAGUAGGUAAUCUUGCUCGAGGAUCUCCUUGCUCGCCAUCCCCUUCGAAAUAUAUAUAUAUAUAUGCGGAACAAGUGGCCGAGGGUAGCUCGUGUUUUGCCGUCCCGUUGGACCUCCAUCAUCACCCUGGUACACACCCCUCCGCGAGCCUAUGGGUCCCGACGACCGACAGAAUGACAGAACGCUUCUCGAUUAAUGGCGCCGUUAUCGACACCGACAUUCCAGCGCGUGGCUUAUUAUUUUUUUCGAAUAUCGGAACCCUUUCCGCGUGAACGAAGGAGAAAGCCUCCUCGUCGACGGGAUGAAAGCGGGACGGAUGAAAUCGAUUCGCGUAGGCGCCAGAGGGGUGUUGGAGGAGGAGGGUAGGCGGUGCACCGAGACUCGAAUUAACAUUCUCGACCCCUCGUUCGUCUCUUCGUUCUGCACGUAUUAAUGAUAUAAUGUAAGUAUCGAGAUACUUCCACGUCCGCCCCACCGGAAGCAUUAUUAAUGCGAUUUAUAUAAUUGUACAUCCGUUAUCUACUUGGAGUCUCUACUAUAGCGUGAAAUGAGAAAAAAAAAUGGGAAAGAAAGGAACUAGCGUUUUAUCGUUGUGAUAUAUUCUAUAGUGUCUACGAUGCAUCUAUUCAACCGUGUAUCCGCGUAUGCGUUCAUACAUACCCCACGUGUUUGUACGUGCGUACGUUAUAUACGUGUGCCUAUUGUUUACGUUUGAAAUCUACGGAGCCGUGCGUUGAGCAUGUGCGCGAGGAACUGGCACGUCCCGUAGGGCGACGAGGAUUGAGGGAGGGAGGCUCUACCGUAGCUAACGUCAAACUAGAUAGUUAGGCUGAACUAAGCGAAUUGUACCUACAAUAGAAACAGAACAAGCGUAAACGAGAGGGGUGGGGACCUUUGAACCGUUUCCCCGCGACGAGAACGAAUUCGCGAAACCUUCGAGGUGCGCGCGAUACGCUGACACGAUUAACCGGUGAGAUCGAAUCCAGUAUCCGGUCUAAGUCGCGAUCGAUCGUCCAUUUUCGGAAGCGAAGAUUGAGCGCGGAGCACGAAGAAACGCGAACGCGUGGAAACGUUCCAAACGGCUAAGAAAUAUAAUUUUAUAGGAGACAAACCCCUCGUGUACAUUGUAUAUUUUAGAGAGUCCAUUUGAGAAAUGUCCCUCGAGCUCGCACCGUGUCCCCCCAAUUGGCAAAGACGAGAUAUCGCGAUUCGCGACAAAAAUGUAUUCCGAACGUUGACACUUGGAACUGUUUCGACGCCUUCCACUCUUCAAAUUCUGAACCGUGACGCAUUAAAACCUAGAGAAUAAUGAUUCCUCUUAGCGGUUCGCGACGUUGUCUUAUCGAAAAACGAUCGUAAGGCUUUUAAGUGCGCGCCAGUUCCUCCGAACCGACCACGGUCAGUUAUUAUUAUUACUAUUAUUAUUAUUAUUACUAUCGUUAUGUUUAUUAUUAUUAUGAUGAUUAUCAUUGAUACUAUUAUACAUAUAUAAAAAGUUUAAGGAAUUCGAAAAAAUUCACAGCGAUCUCUGUCCUCUGGCAGGAUGAAGACGACAGUAAAAGAAGAUACCCAAGUGAAAAGAAAAAGAGACAAUGAAGAAGAAUAUGAAUUCGCGUUAUCGGCGGGCACCUACAUAUUAAUAUCGCGUAAUUAUAUUACCGGAAAAAAAAAUAUAUAUAUAUAAACGA